UUUUUCGUGUCCGUUGGGUUCAGUUUUAGUUCCUGAACGAAGGCGAACGGAUUCGGGCGCGCGUCGUUCCCGCAACGCGAGACCGAAUUAUGAAAUUCCCACGUCGGUGUAAAGUGAGAUGAUUUGAGGCCUGAAGUUACAAACAAAUUCCUUUCCCGUUGCGUCGCCCCAACAUCAUGCUUGACAAACUCAACAUAAACGCAUUCAUAUCGUUUGGAUUGGGAUUCAUAUUGAUAUGUCUGAGCGAAGCCACGGAGACCCAAGAGAACUACACAGCCAAGCCGCGAGUGGUUCUUCCGCCUAAUUAUGUCAAGGAAAUACGACCGCCCUCGAAGAAGGGUUCCCCAGUGAUAGUAGACUUUAGCAUAUUUGUUGUAGAUAUUAACUCAAUUAACGUAGAGGAUAUGGACUUUAGCAAUGCUGUGUAUAUUUUCAGAGUAGACAUGUUUAUACAUCAGCGCUGGCACGAGUCACGACUGGAGAUACCCGAUGACAUAUUCGAGGAGGGCGACGACUAUGUGACACUGCUUCCAGAAGUCUUUGAGAAUUUUUGGCAGCCGGAUCCGUAUUUUCUCAACUCAAAGAUUGCCGGAUAUGGAAGUCCAUAUGUUGCCUCCACCUCUAUGCUACGCAAUAAGGGUGAAAGAGAUUCGAAAAACUUUCAUCUGAACAAAGAUUUAAAAAUAGCGACACUGACCCACAAGUUCACAUCGGUGACGCUGUACAAGAACAAGACGGUGCGCUAUGCGGCACGUAUGCACGCCAUCAUUGCCUGCCAGAUGGAGUUCCAGCUGUACCCCAUGGACAUCCAAGUGUGUCCCAUCUACAUUGAGAGCUUCUCAUCGAACAACCAGAAGGUGAAGCUUCGCUGGUCGGACUCCGGCGUGACCCUCAAUCCCGAACUGAAGCUGCUGCAGUACAAUCUGGGCCAGCCGCUGCAGCUGGAGGAGAGCGAUGGCUACAUGCCGGAGAAGGUUGGCAACUUCUCGCGCCUCACCGUUUACUUCCGCUUCGAGCGACAGAUCGGCCAUCAUCUCAUCCAGACCUUUGCCCCCUCCUCGCUGGUGGUGAUGCUCUCCUGGUUCAGCUUCUGGCUCGGCCUAGAUGCCAUCCCAGGACGAGUCACACUCCUUGUGACCUGCAUGCUGACGCUUGUCACCAUGUUCACGGGUGCGGACAUACCCCCAGUGGCAUAUGUGAAGGCCCUGGACCUGUGGAUGGCCGGCUGCAUGCUCUCCGUGUUCGCAGCCCUGGCCGAGUUCGUUGUGGUGAAAGUGCUGGACGUGCAAUACCAGUACCAGGUGAACCGCAUACCCAAGGUACUGCCCAUGCGCAUCAGCAACAUGGAAAAAGGUCAAUGUGCAACGGUGGCUAGCUGGGAGGGCGGUGCCGUGCGCUCGCGCAAAGCCACCCAAACGCCCACGACGCCCGGACAGACAUCGCUGCAGGGCAAUGGGGGACCGCCGAAGCCGGCACGCAGGCAGAGCCUUCUCUCGGUGGCAUGGACGGACACGGACACGGGUGUCGAGAAGAUAAUGUGGCGCGAGAUCGAUAAGGUGUCCCGCGCUGUCUUUCCCAUACUCUUCUUUGUGUUUGUCCUUCUGUACUGGCCGAUACUGUUGAUGAAGUCCUCCUAGGAAUUGGGGAGUUCCAGGCCGCGCGUGGCUGGACUCCGUUAAAAACAAAUCGAAGGAAGAUUUGCACAAAGAGAAACCCUAAAAUCCAUCAACGAAGUACAAGUGAAGACUACAGUUACCUAUAAUAAGUAAUUGCCAGCAGAGGACACACACCAUGUACCAUGUACCAUGUACAGAAAUGUCGCAUAACCAAGUUAUCGACAAAUUUGCUCACUCACGGAGAAUACUCGCAUUUAUUUUGAGUAUUUUUUCUGCUUUGUAUAAAACCUAUCUUGUGUUUAAUGAUAAUUAUAGUUUCACUUUAAUUUUAAUCAAUGCCCCUAACACUCAAACUCACAGAACUGCGACUAAUAGUUAUGCUUCAGCUGCUCCAGACAUGUCCUACCUUUGAUUUGGCUUUUACAUUUAAUUUCCCUAAACUCAGCACUCACACUCACACACAACAAUAAAUAUGCUGGAAUAUAAACAUAUAUAUAUAUAUAUCACUGUGCUAGUGACAAUAUAUAUAUAUAUAUGUACAUACAUAUAUGGAAAGUCGGAGGCAGACAUUUUGCUAGCAGAGAAAUAUUUCAACUUGGAAAUCUUUUUGUAUUAGGCUUAGGCAAAUCAGCCAAGAAAUUGCAUUGGUGCUUUAAGGAGAUAAUAAAAUGGCCUUUAAGGAAAUAAAUAAAUUUGGAUAUUUGUAAAUAGCUUAACCAGAGGAACAGUGAACGCUUUUUAGAGAUUUUUACAUAUACAUAUAUAAACAAUAUUUACAUUUAAUUAAGCCAUUAUAGCGUAUUUUUAUGCAAGCAUUAGGAGCUGUGGCUUUUCUAUAUAAAUAUGUAAAGCGAUCGCACACCAGGAUUGUACUCGUAAGCGUACAUAAAAUAUAAUUCUAAUUAUUGUUAAGGCUAAAUCGAGUUUAUAUUUGAUAUGAAAAUACAGACAGACAGACACAAUGUAAAUAAAUUACAUCACACACACACACACACACACACAAUAAUUACCAUUUAAAAGAAAUAUUUAUCUAAGAUUUAUGUAUCUGCUAUGCCAGCUAAGUUUACAUAUGUAAAUGUAUGUACUAUAUAUCUAGAUAUGUAUUUAUGUAUAUCCUUUCCAUCUCUUAAGUUGCGGUGUUCACUAAUCACUGAUCAUAGGUGCGGUGAGCUCUCGGUUAGGGUUUAUAGGAAAAGCUUUAAAUUUAUUCUUAAUAAAAGAAAAAUCGCGUACAAUUAACAAAA